AUGCAGUUGCGCCUCGCCCUCGUAGGGGCAGCCUUGUCCUCGCUCCUCUCUCCCGCAGCCGCCAUCUGGCCCAUUCCACAAGAAAUCACCACCGGCAAAGAUGUCCUCUUCAUCGCACAGACAUUGAAGAUUACGUAUAAUGGUGGAUCUCUUCCCUACACCUUUGGAUUCAGCCCUUCGCCAGGUCCCAAGUGCAAUGACAGGGAGAUAGUCCAGGGCGGCGUCUCGAGAGCCCUUGGCGCCAUUUUCCAGAACAAUUUCGUGCCCUGGAAGCUCCGGCCCCGUAACUCCAAUUUCGAGCCUGAUGUAUACGCCGAUAAGAAAUGGGUCACGUCGCUUUCCAUCAGCCAUGCUAAAAGCAACAGUUCAUCGUGCUACAAGCCCCUCGCCGGCGAGGUCGACGAGUCGUACACGUUCAAGCUAACGACCGACGGUGAGGCCACCAUCGAGGCCCAGACGGCUGUCGGGGUCCUCCGAGCUCUUGAAACCUUUGUGCAGCUCUUCUACCAGCAUACCACUGGCACCUCCUGGUACACCAAUCUCGCACCCAUUACCAUCAGUGACAAGCCUAAGUAUCCCCAUCGUGGUGUCCUUCUCGACGUGGCGAGGAACUGGUACCCCGUCAAGGACAUUCUGCGAACUAUUGAUGCUCUCUCGUGGAAUAAGAUGAACCGUCUUCACAUCCAUGUUACCGAUUCCCAGUCGUGGCCACUCGAUAUCCCGGCGUUUCCCGAACUUUCGGCCAAGGGUGCGUACAGGAAGGGGAAUUCGUAUUCACCAGCCGACCUAGCGCAGAUCCAGGAAUACGGAGCGCACCGCGGAGUCGAGGUCAUCCUCGAGAUUGACAUGCCAGGCCACAUCGGAUCCGUAGCGCACUCAUUCCCCGAGCUCAUCGUAGCGUACAACCUUAUCCCCUAUCAGUGGUGGUGUGCGCAGCCUCCGUGCGGUGCGUUCAAGCUCAACAAUACAGACGUCGACAAUUUCCUUGAGAAGCUCUUCGACGACCUUCUCCCGCGAGUGGCACCUUACUCGGCUUACUUCCACACGGGCGGCGACGAGUUGAACAAGAACGAUUCGAUGCUCGACGAAGGAGUGAGGUCAAACAAGACGGAGGUGCUGCAGCCGCUUCUUCAGAAGUUCAUCGACGUCAACCACCGUCGCGUGCGCAAGGCGGGUCUCACGCCCAUGGUCUGGGAGGAGAUUCCGAUGGAGUGGAACGUGACGAUUGGCAAGGAUGUUGUGGUGCAGACGUGGUUGGGUGCGGAGUCCGUCAACACACUGACGGCCCAGGGCCACAAGGUUAUCGACAGCAACUACAACUUCUGGUAUCUCGACUGCGGACGAGGCCAGUGGCUCACCUUUGACAACGGCGCGGCGUUCCAGCAAUUCUAUCCGUUCAACGACUGGUGCGGACCCACCAAGAACUGGAAGCUCAUCUACCAGCACGACCCGGCAGCAGGACUCAGCAAGGAGCAGGCCAAGAACGUCCUCGGAGGCGAGUUGGCGGUGUGGAGCGAGACGAUCGACCCGGUCACGCUCGACAGCAUGGUGUGGCCGCGUGCCAGUGCGGCAGGCGAGGUACUCUGGUCGGGGCGACAGGAUGCGGCGGGUCAGAACCGAAGCCAGUACGAUGCGUCGCCGAGGCUUUUGGACAUGCGAGAACGCAUGGUGGCCAGGGGUGUGGGCGCGUCGCCAAUUACGAUGACUUUCUGUUCGCAGUCGGAGAACCCCGAGGAGUGCUCCUAUAUCGUUUGA